UGUUUUGACCUCACACUAGCUUAUAGAAGCCUCUAAAACUCAACAAUCCUUUAGAGGAUCCUGAAUUUGGAUCUUAACCACUUCCGUUUACCCCAGACCUUCAAAAUGGAAUUGGUCCGUUUUGAAGUAUUUACAGAUGCUUCUACAUGAUUGAAGGUUUUGGAUCAUAACAGACAACUAAAGUCCAGAAAGGCUUGAAGAAAACUAGUGUUAGAAAUCUCAUUGUGGAUGUGUAGGAAAACUUUUGGUUUGUACUGACACAAUUUCCCUGUGUAAUAAGGUCUUUAGGCCAAUCAUUUCGUCAUUUUAAAGACAAUGCAUCCAUGUUUCUGUUAGAAGUCUCAAAUGGGGUUCUUAUGCAGAUUUUCACCUUUUUUCAUCUAUUGUUCUUGAGAAAUUUUGUAUAUGACAAAAGCCUAAUCCAUCUUGUGUCAUUGUCUAUGUCUUUGAUGCUGGAAUUUGUCCUUGCUUCCUGUCCAGUUUCUCUUCUUUAUAGGUGGAUUGCUGUCGUGAAUAAAGAGAGGAAAGGAGAGGAAAGAACCAAAAAUUGCAUGGCCUUCCCCAUUCCAGACAGAGUAAAGAGGCUAUGGGAUGAGUGGAAUCUUCGUGCUGCUGUUCUCAUCAGUCUCUUCUUCCAAGUGGUGCUAAUAUGCUGUGCAACAUCACGUAAAAGAACAGGAAACAUGAUAGUGACCGCUACAAUCUGGUUAUUUUAUCUGCUUGCUGAUUGGUUUGCUGCUUUUGCUGUUGGGCUCAUCUCCAACGGUCAAAGUAAUAAUUGUCCUGAGAAAUUUGCAGUAAAUCAAGACCUUGCAGCAUUUUGGGCUCCAUUUCUAUUGCUACAUCUUGGAGGCCCUGAUAAUAUUACCGCCUUCUCGCUUGAAGACAAUGAGUUGUGGAUUAGGCAUCUGCUUGGGCUUAUCAUUCAGCUUGCUGCUGUUGCUUAUGUUUUUUCACAAUCCUUGCGUAACGUAUUCGAAGUCCCCACAAUACUCUUGAUUUUCGCUGGAACUAUUAAAUAUGCUGAGCGAACACGGGCUCUAUAUUUAGCUUGUUUGGGUAAUAUUAAAGAUUCUAUGCUUCCACCGCCAGAUGCUGGACCAAACUAUGCCCAGCUUAUGGAGGAGUACACAUCUAAGGAAGCUGCUCAAGUUCCAGUUGAGAUAGAGAUAGUGAAGGAACAUGAGAGAGGCACUCAGACUUCUGCAAAUCCAGAGGAAGAAAAUUUGAGUCCUGAAGACAUCAGUGAUAUAGAUAUUGUGCAAAAUGGGUAUGAAUUUUUUACCACUUUUAGGGGCCUGAUUGUUGACCAUAUGUUUAGCUUACAUGAGCGCAGUAAGAGCAGAAAAUUUUUCUUCCAAAGGUCUGCAUUUGAUGCUUUCAGAGUAAUGGAGGUGGAGCUCAAUUUCAUAUAUGAUACUCUCUACACUAAGAUGGCUGUGGUACACAGUAAAAAAGUCCGUGAAAAGCUGUCAUGUUCCAAAAGGUGGUCUAAUACCAUUUGGCAAUGUAACUUGAUAAACUUUUGCAUGAAUCAACGUUGGAGAUGGUUAGAUAUUGCAGCUGAAACCGUUGGAAUCAAGGAUGUUCUUGAUGAAAUGUACUACAAGGAAGACAUUGUCAUUCCAGAGGACUUAAAGGAUUUCAUCUUUAAUGAGCUCAAGGUUAAAGCUACCAAAGCAAAAACCACAAAUGUUGCUAAAGAGAUAUACUCAGCAAGAGGUGAUUGGGCACUGUUGGAUUACACCAGUCACUACCCAUAUCCCACCAUUUCAUCAAGUGUAGGUGACGAAGUUGAAUUUGAUGAGAGCCUGUUGCUGUGGCAUAUUGCCACUGAGCUAUGCUAUUGCAUGAGUCCUGAUGAUGGCAAUUCCAAUCGCAAUUAUUGUAAGCUUAUAUCUGAUUACAUGUUGUAUCUUUUGGUUAUGAGGCCUAAUUUGAUGUCUGCAGUUGCUGGCAUUGGACAAAUUCGAUUUCGGGACACAUGUGAAGAAGCUAAGAAGUUCUUCAGCAGGUGGAAAUCAGAACUAAUUAUAAGAACCCCAGGCUUGGGAAUUUGCAGAAAAUUGAUCACCUGCUGCAUUGCCCAAAAUGGAUUACCUGGAAGAGAAUCAAGUUCAGUAAAUCGAAAAAGAAAUGCAUGUGAAAUGCUAGAUAAAGUAAAUGCUCUUGUUAAAGCCAUUGAGGUGAAGGGAGAUAGAAGCAAAUCAGUAUUGUUCGAUGCCUGCAGGCUUGCAAAAGAUUUGAAAAAGUUGAAUGAUAAUAAAAGGUGGGAGAUAAUGAGUAAAGUGUGGGUGGAACUGCUGUCCUAUGCUGCCAGUCACUGCCGAGCAAAUGCUCAUGCUCAGCAGCUCAGUAAAGGUGGUGAGCUCAUUACUUUUGUUUGGAUACUGAUGGCUCAUUUUGGAUUGGGAGAGCAAUUCCGAAUUGAGGCGGGACAUGCAAGAGCAAAACUGAUUGUCGGAAAAUAGCAACUAAGAGUGACCAUUUUCAUUCUAGCUGUAAAAUGAAAGAGUUCUCCAACUUGGAUGUACUCCUUGACUUGGUGAGUUUUGUGAGUUGCGAAAGACUUCCCUUGUCCCUUUUUUUUUUUUGAGUUUCAAUUUCAGAGCCACAAUUCACACUAGUGCUUUUUAUAAGAUGUGCUGAUUUAUCUUAUGUUUCCUGUGGCUUUGGUAUCAA